UAUUCCCAUUUCAUUAAAAAUCUCUUCGGAAGUUAGCACUGUUUACUUUAUGGUUUACUUCUGAGUAAGCAUAAGGAAAUUUGGACUGAGUUUGCGUACUCAGAAAUAAAUUCAGUAGCCUUAUAACUGCCUUAGAUUGGGGUAAAUACUAUGUACGAUUGCCCUAUUCUUUCCCUGAAAGAGUUCAGUAGUUGGGCAUAACUAAUCUCCAUUUUUUUAAAAAAACCACUUAAAUCUGCCUAUUAAUGGAACAAGACUACCUAAACACACUGAAGCUUGCAACAUUAUUUAAAUAGUUGAUAUUAUAUCUGUGGAGAAUCACAUGCAAUCCCACAUCUGAGACUGGCCGAUAGCUACUGAGACAGUGACAUCUCUAUAGAGAAUAGUGAUGGAAUCAUAAACAAAAUGUGUAAUUGGGAAGAAGCUGAAGUACAACUUUCUGAGUUAGAUUUGCUUGCUAGUAUGUUUCCAUGUGAAGAUGAAUUUAGGGUGACUGACCAACUCGCUUUAGCAGAACUAAAGAAUCUUGUUGAAAGAUGUUCAUUGGAAGUGCCAUCUUCAAAAAUACAAUUUAUGCUGAAAUUAGAAUUACAGACUCCUGAUGGUGAUAAGGCUGAAAUUUCUUUGUCCUGUGCUUUUCCAUUCAAGUACCCAGCUGUUCUUCCAGAAAUUACAAUCAGAUCUCCAUCCCUAAGCCGCUCACAGCAGAUUCAGCUCAACACAGAACUACUAGCUUACUUGAAAAAAACCUGCGCUGGUGAGGUUUGCAUAUUAAAUGCUAGGGAAUGGGUUAAAGAUCAUGCUCUUGCCUACAUCAACAAGGAGCUCUCAUCUUCCUCUGUGGGCAAAUCACAUGUUAAGAGAUCAGAAGAUAUUUUUACUAGACUCUGGAUUUACAGUCAUCACAUUUACAAUAAACAAAAAAGAAAAAAUAUAGUUGACUGGGCUAAGGAACUUUCCCUGUCUGGAUUCAGCAUGCCUGGGAAACCAGGCAUUAUUUGUGUAGAAGGCCCACAGACCGUGUGUGAGGAGUUCUGGACAAGAAUCAGAAGAUUAUCAUGGCAACGAAUUUUGAUUCGUCACAGAGAGGACAUUUCCUUAGCGGAGACUAAAGAUGAAAUGGAGAAACACAGGAAAUUUUCAUGGUUUGAAGAAAAAAUAUUUGAUGCACAUGGUGCCAGAGGAAACCACAUGGAUCUGGGACAAUUAUAUCAUUUUUUAGCUGAUAACAGAUGUGCUGAUAUCUUUCAAAUGUACUUUGGAGUUGAAGGACAAUAGGCAAGCUGCUGAGAAAAAUCAGUGGAACAUUAAAUUAGAGUUGAUCAAA